AUGGUAAAGUCAACUCAAAUUGCACGGCUUGAUGGCCUGAUGCUGGCUGCCUCGGUGGAUGAUGAGCAGGCUGAGUCGGAGCUGGCUGAGAUCAAGGGCCAGGCUAAGAUGAUCUUCCGGCGAUUGAAUCGCAACUCCGCACCCCAGGCUAGCAUCGAGUCAAGUCAAUACAACCUCCACUACAUGAUCCAAGACGAUGUCUGCUUCCUCUGCAUCUGCGACCGCUCAUACCCCCGCAAACUCGCCUUUACCUAUCUCGCUGAUCUGGCCUCUGAAUUCACCACCACAUACACUCAAUCACAAUACCUCUCCCCCACGCUCCGUCCUUAUGCCUUUGUCGAGUUCGAUACUUUCAUUCAGCGCACCAAGAAGCUGUACCAAGAUAGCCGGGCCUCACAAAACUUGGACAAGUUGAACGAUGAGCUGCGCGAUGUCACCAAGGUUAUGACCAAGAACAUUGAAGACUUGCUGUAUCGUGGAGAUAGCUUGGAGCGGAUGGGCGAGUUGUCCGGUCUGUUGCGGGAGGACAGCAAGAAGUAUCGAAAGGCAGCGGUGCGCAUCAACUGGGAAUUGUUGGUGAAGCAGUACGGGCCUUUCGCCGGCGUCGGGUUCGUCGUGCUCAUUUUGCUGUGGUGGCGGUUCUUCUGA